GCGGAAGUGACGUACAAUUACUACGCGGCCCAUCCAAUCUGAUGGUUUUGUUGUGUCAGUUAAAUGAGGUUAUGUCGCGAUAUUUCGCCUCUUUAAGAAAACGGAAAUAAACACUUCCACAAGGCUGGAUUGAACCUGAAACGUUAGUGAACCAGAGGAGGCCUCUGUCUCUGUCACAGUUAUGGGAGCGUUAAUAUCUCGAUGGAAGACCAAACAAACCACAGUAGAGGAGCUGGAGAACCUGGAGAAGGAGAUUAAGAAGUUGGAGGAGUUCAGAGGCAAAAAUCAGCGAUUACAAAAACUCUGGGUCGGUCGCUUGCUUCUUUACUCAUCUGUGCUUUACCUGUUCACUUCUUUCACCGUUUACUGUCUCUACCUACCUGAUGAAUGGCUACAGAGACUAGCCAUGGCCCUGCCUUUCUUUAUAUACCCCAUACUUGUGUGGUUCAUCAGGAAGCUGCUGCUUUUCCUGUUUUCCAAACUUACUGAGAGAAACCAUGAUAAACUUGAAGAUCUGAAAGCUGCCAGGAAAAAAAUUCUGGAGGAAGUGAUGGAAACAGAGACGUACAAGACGGCCAAACUCAUCCUCGAACGCUUUGAUCCUGAAGCUAAAAACAGACGUGGACUGGAGUCGACACCGGUGGGUCCUCAGCUAACUCCCAGACCUGGUCAAGCAGAAAUUCGUCAAAGGGGUAUGAGACCGAUGGGCUCCUCGGAUGUCACGGGAAUGACUCUCUCUCCAGGAACACGGCCUCAGAUGGGACCUGUGGCUCCAGGAGGACCUCCAGAUAAAUCCACCCCCAGCACUUCUAUGCUCCAGGGAGCUGUGGAGAGGACACCCUGCACCCCGAUUAGAGGUGUAGUUGGAGGCAUGUACUCCCCUGGUCCUCCAUUACCAAGACCUAUUCUGCCCAGAGAAAGAGGAACAGUUGACCGAGUCAUCGAGUAUCUGGUGGGAGACGGACCAGAGAAAAGAUAUGCCCUGAUCUGCCAGCAGUGUUUCUCUCAUAACGGCAUGGCUUUGAAAGAAGAAUUUGAAUAUCUUGCAUUCCGUUGCGCGUACUGCUACUUCCUGAACCCGGCCAGGAAGACUCGACCUCAGGCUCCCAGACUCCCUGAGUUCAGCUAUGAAAGGAGGCUGAGAGCGGAUCCGUGCUCUCCUGGACCGUCGCUUUGCUUCGACAUGGACGCGGAGGACACCGCUGCCCCCAGUGGAGCUGAGGAAGACCUGGGUCAGGAUGACAGGGAAUCUGAGGAAGAGAAGGAGAACGUACCGGAGGAGAAUCGGCAGGACGAGGAAGAGGAGGAGAAGAAGGAGGAUGAAGCUGUUAAAGAAGAAGAGAAGGAGCUGGACCAGAGCCAGAAUGAAGAACCUCCAGCAACAUAGAGAGCACUGAGACGAACCAAAUGAAGAGCAGCCAUGACAGAUGGCUUCCAUGGCAACACAACGCUGAAGAGCAUGCUUUGUUCCAACAGGAUUGGCUAAAGUAACUCUGGUUGGGGGAAAUGUGAUUUUAGGUUUAUGACAUGGGUGGAAAGUGAAGAUUCAUGCUGAUUAUUGAUCCUGUCAGUGAUGCUUUCUGGGAAAUCAAAUCUCCAUCUUUCAUUUAGGCUAUUUGAAGAUUUCCACAUUAAAAUCAUUUUAGGUUUAAAGUUGUAGAAUACUGAAGAGUUGAUGAUACAACUGGUUCUGACCCAUCAGUUUUAACGAUCCACACAGGAUUUGAUCUCAGACCUGUUAUGAUGCAGUUUAUCAUAACUCAUUUAGUCUAUUUAAUGAAACCUUUAGGUUUAGUGAACUGCAGUGACUCCAUGUGGAAAGUUAAGGCCAUUAACAUUAAUGCAUCCACUAUUUAGGAUUAUGUUUAAGACAAAUGCAUGCCUUUGAUUUAAUUCUGCUGAAAUAACUUAUUUUCUACAUUAUUUCAUAAUAAAAUGAGCAAUAGAUUUUUUUUUUAUGUUUCUUGAUUUGGCUUAGGAAGAAACUUUUAGGGUUCUCUUACUUCACCCUGAGGGUCAAAUGAGUUUUAUUAUUGUUUUCAAGUUGACCUAAACAUAAUUUGGCAUUUUAUAGAUAAAUCUCAGAAAAUUAGAACUUUGUCAGGAAAGUUUACGUUCAUUUCAGAGACUUAAAUUCUUAUGGAUUAAUUAAACAUGGAGAGAAAUGUUUCAAUCCUUGUCAUCUUUUAUGAUUACAGAUGAAAAAUCGCUUGAGUGCAGAGUCUUAGAGAGUUAGAAUAUUGCAUAAGAUCAAUUAAAAAAUAUUUAAGCUUUUCGACCAGGUCUUGACUUUGACUGGACCGGUGGACCACAUUGCUUCUUUUCUGUUUCAUACUGCUGUGUUUUGUCAUGUUGACCCAGUUCAGGCCCAGUUCAGACUGGUUGCCUCACGUCUGAGUCCAGAAGCCUUUGAUAUGUAGAUGAGCUCCAAAAUGAGUCUAAUACAGCUAUUUCCUCAAAUAUAUCAACUCUAAGGAAAUUGCUGAUUUCUCUCCUCAUUGGUCUUUACACAAACCUUUGUUCCAGAGCAGAAAACACUCAAAAUCCAUAUUCUUAAGGCAAUUCUCCCAAUAAUAAUCAGUUAAUCAAUUGGGGCGUCAUGGCUGCUUCUUUCUCUCUGAUCUUGUGGAAGCAGCAGAGUUUGUAGUCAAGCUUUCAUUUGUCAUACAAGAUUUUCUUUUCUUUUUUUCCAGUUUGGCAUCAUUAAUGAUUACAUUCUUCAAUUCUGUGUUGUUUUUUUGUGUUUUUAAUGCAUUUCUACAGGUUUUAAAACAAUUUUUUAGAGACUUGUAAACAUUAUUGUAUGACGUCUUAAUACACAACACUGGAAGUGAAAGAGGAUGUACUGUGAUUGUACAUAUUUAGAGAAAGUUGUUGGAUUUUAGUUCAGAAACUCAGUAAACAAUGAAAUUUAACCUCUUUUUGCUCAAAGAACUCUCACUCAUAUUUAUCCUCAUUUAGGGGACAAUUUGCCAAAUGUUUCUUUCUGUGUUGUAUUAAUUUAUUUGUGUUUUAUUUUUGUUUAUAUUUCCAGUCUGCGUUUACUGUGCUGGUCCUAUUCGUUUCAAAGAGCAGCUUGCCGUUGUGACUGUUUACUGCUGUUUUUAAACCCAAGUCUCCCUUUUAACAUUUGUUAAACAGUUUACAGUUUAACUUCAUCAUUUGAAUGUUACUAAGAGAUUACUUCAUGAACUUUAGCUCCGCUAUUUGCAGAAAGUCAUUGUUACUUCAUAGAUUUUUCUUUUUAAACUAAAUAGGAAUUUCUGGAAACCUUCCAGUAUUCCUUCAUUUUACCCACCCUUGCUGAUUGAUGAGUGAUUCCCUGAAUGCUGCCAUGUGGAAAGAUCAUUUUUAGUAAAAUGCACGUUAGUAGGAGAAGCUUUAAAUUCAAGUCUGUUACCGAGUAAAUUAUUACUUUAAUAAAGCUCUUUAUUGUA